GAUUGGAGACAAAUGGAAUCUUCGUACGGAUCUGUCGAUCCAGCUGAUGUAAAAACUCGCAUCAAUGGAGAGGCAAAUGGCCAUCCUUCCCCAAAGACGACGGUAUCAGGAGCACCCUGGGUUUAGUGUCCGAGUAAAUUAACGACUAGAAUUAACCUCAGUAUGAGUAGAAAGCUCAUGCCAGAGUCAGAGUCUGAGGAUGAGCUAUAUACUCAGCUCUCUGGGGAAGAUGAUAGUUUACUGAACUCAAAUGCAGAUCAUGAUCAGAAAGUCAGUGGCAAAGCCUGGGGGCGGGUGAAGAAUGUGUUCACAAGAAGAAGGAAAUAUCCUAUCAGCAUAUUCUUCAUCCUCGGCAAUGAGUUCUGUGAAAGAUUUUCAUACUACGGAAUGAGAGCUAUUCUUGUCCUGUAUCUGACGAGAUGGCUCAAGUUCACCGACGACCACGCCACGGCUAUCUUCCAUGCCUUCGUGAUGCUGUGUUACUUCAGUCCAUUGUUUGGGGCCAUUAUAGCCGACGGUUUCCUUGGCCGACUCAAAACCAUCUUAUAUGUGUCUGUGAUCUAUGCCAUUGGGAAUCUGGUGAUGGCACUGACCGCUCUUCCUCCACCAGAAUGGAUUGGUCCAAUGAUUGGACUAAUACUGAUUGGCCUAGGUACAGGUGGAAUUAAACCAUGUGUGUCAGCAUUUGGUGCGGAUCAAUUUAGACCGGACCAGGAAAAGGAAAGGAUGACAUUUUUCUCCGCUUUCUACUUCAUGAUCAACCUCGGCAGUAUGCUGUCCAUCUUCAUCACACCAGUACUCAGAGCUGAUGUCAAGUGUUUUGGGGGAGAGUGUUAUCCCCUAGCCUUUGGAGUACCUGCAGUACUGAUGUUUGUAGCUACCAUUAUUUUCAUUGCUGGGAAAAGUCAGUACAAAAUCACCCCUCCAGCCGGUAACUUGGUAGGGAGGGUCUACAACUGUAUAAAGGCAGGGAUUGUAGGUAAAGUGAAAAACAGAGGAACAAGUGUGAAGAUGCAACACUGGCUAGACUAUGCGGAGGAGAAAUUUGAGCCUGAUUUUGUUGAGGAGGUGAAGACCCUACUUAAAGUACUGACCUUGUUUAUACCUCUGCCUUUGUUCUGGGCUUUAUCGGACCAACAGGGAUCACGCUGGACUCUCCAAGCUGCCCAGAUGGAUGGUGAUGUGGGAGUUUUUGGACGGAUCAAACCAGACCAGGUCAUGGCUUUGAACCCCCUCCUCAUCAUCAUUUUAAUUCCUGUGUUUGAACAAGGUGUAUAUCCCCUUUGUGACAAAUGUGGGAUUCUGACAAGGCCCCUACAGAGGAUGGUAUCAGGGAUGUUUCUGACGGGUGUGGCUUUCGUGGUGGCAGCACUUGUACAGAUGAAGCUAGAUGUAAAGAGAGAAGCCCCUCUCUCGAUGUCAGAGAGCGGUGUGACAUUCAUCAACACAUUCCCGUGUCCUGUGUCUCUGUCCUCUCCUAUCUACUCUGAGGAUCUGUCAUUUUCACAGGAGUCUGACUACCUACGAAUGUCGACAGGAUCCCUGACCCUCUCUGUUACAGCAAAUUGUACAGGAGAGACUGUUAAAAACACUGUCACACUUGAUACCAGCUCUGCUUACCGAAUUAUCAUUUUAAAAUCACCUGACCUGGGUAACUUAGCUGUCUACAAGGCUGAAGACCAGAGAAACAAGCCAAGGGAAGGUGACUCUCUUAUCAGUAUACUGAUGUCGAUGGGACCUCAGAAAGAGAUCACUGUGAAGCUUGUACCACAUUCCUAUUCCUAUCAGAGGCUUGAUGACCGUUCUCCUGGCAUCAGUUUUGUUGUCUCGAGUUCCAAACCAUCUGUAUAUAAGGAGGUAUACCCUGGUCUGUACAAUAUAUGGCAGAAAGUCCUACCAACUGUGAAUUCCAGUGAAACUUGGAAGAUGACAAAUGCUAGUGUCAAUGUGGGCACCGGAGCAUCUUAUACCAUCCUUCUAUAUACCAACAACUCAGACACGGUGGACACUGUGGUGUACAGCAGUGUGACUGCCAAUACUGUGUCCCUCCUUUGGAUGGUUCCCCAGUACGUCAUCAUCACCGUAGGAGAAAUCCUGUUCUCCGUGUCCGGACUCUCCUUCGCUUACUCAGAGGCCCCUAAGUCAAUGAAGUCUGUUGUACAGGCAGCAUGGCUACUUACUACAGCAGUCGGUGAUCUCAUUGUGGUUAUAGUAGCAGAAUCACAGCUUCUACCUAGCCAGACGGCUGAAUUCUUCUUUUUUGCUGCCUUGAUGACAGUCGUGUCUGUGAUUUUUAUGUUGAUGUCAUAUUUCUACAAAUACAACACUACUACAAUUUUACCAGAUCCUGGUACUGAUGAUACCGCGGGACUGAUUACCAAGGGGGAUAACUCCCCAGAUAUACCUAUGCAACAUGUACACUCAAGUUAAUAAUGUAUUGUCCAAUUAAAUAAUCAAUUUGCUUCAAAAGCAUGUUUAAAUUUACUUUAGCAAAAACAUGACAUGGAUUACUUUCUACUAUCUAAUUGUCUACAUUCGCAUUGUUAAAAUUAUUUAUUUAUGUUGAAUUAUGUCUAUAUGGUACAAAUAUAUUUUUCCUGUAAUAAACCCAAUGGACAGACAUCUCAACUUUGACUCACAAUAGGAUGUGUACUUAAAGCCGGCCAUGGAGAUAGCAUUUUCUAGCACCUUACUGCAUCGCCAUGGGCAUAGAUAUUCUUAUUAUCAGGCCUGGACUUACUACCAGAUAAAUACUCGACUGUUCUGUUACUUAAAUUUUACAUGCAAUACUUACUUCUAAUUUUUUAGUGUUAUAUUCUACUGUUUAAAUUAUUGGUAUGUUUUGUGGACCAACAUAUAUUGUAAGGUGACUUGAACUUCAAAGUGUAAGCAAAAUAUGUUGUAUGGAGAGAUGAUUAACUAAAUCAUAAUUCUUAGUCGAAAUCAAUAAGUAGGUUAAAGUUACAGAUUAUGGAUAUACCAACAAAUCUUUAUUUUACUUAAAAUUUCAAAAAUGAGUAAAAGGGAGUGCAAAAAUGAGUAAAAGGGAAAGAUAAUUUAGCAAACAUAGAAUAUUAAUAUUUAAAUGAAAUCAUAAUGUUAUUUAACUCAAAAUCAAUAAAGCGAGUGUAAAACACAUUCUCAAUGGCCAAUUCCUGCUACACAGUUUACUGGACGACGGUUUGGAACGUUGACAACAGGGUUAAGUCUAAAAAGAAACUGAGUUGAUUUAUCAUCUAUUGAAAACAAUGGAUGAUCUAUUAUCAUUUUUUUUUCUAUAUUGCUGUGAAACAUUAAUUAGGUCAUUGUAUGUAAUUAUAAAUACUAAUAUAUACUUUUUGACAAAAACAGUAAACAGUCUUGUUUUAUGUGAUCUUGUUGAGUCAUGUUUCCAGUAAAUGAUUACAUGAUCUUGUUGCCAGAAAAUGAUGUUAUUGUUAAAGUAAUGAUAUGAUUGUUUUAGAUAUGUUGUGAAAUAUUGUUUGGGAACUCAUUUUUGCCAAAAUCAAUAUUGUGAAAUAUUUUUAAUCAAGCCAAUUUAGAAAUAAACUAAUUAGGCUAUGGUUAUUAGUUGUUUGUAUAAGUAGGCACCCUUUUAAGAAUGGGUGAAUUACUGCAAGUUAAUGAAACAUUUAAAGUUAUUUUCACUACAUUUUGCCAAACAAAGAACAAUCAUAUUAAGCAUUAUUUUGAUAUAUCUUUUAGGAGGUAAUAUUUUGUAAGUUAAUUUACUAAAAUGACUAUAACCAUAGGUUCCCUGUGAAAUAAAAACCUGCCCUAUGAAUGUUUUUUUUUUUUUUUUUGUGAAAGAAAUAUUGCCUUAGAGACAUACAAGUUGAUCUGUUACUGAGAGUUUUGAUCUGACACUGCAAUUGUGAUAUUUUGAGGAUGACAAGAAUGUUGAUUGUGAUGUAAGAAUAUUGAACUUUGUGUUCAUCAAUCAACUAUGUGCUGUUAAAUCAGUAAUUAAAAGUAAUCAGAUAUUUCCUUAUAAUGAAAAUGUAUUUUUAUAAUAAUUAUAUUCUCCAUCUCAUUCCAGAUGGAGUAUUUGUUUUAAAUAAGUUAAAUAGAAAUAAUAUAUGUUCAAUAUGAAAGUUUUCAGCCUACUUUUUAUUAUGAAAUUCAAACAUGUAUUGUUAUUAUUAUGAUUUAAACUUUUGAUUUUAUUUGUGAAAUAGUCCUUCAAUAUAAUAUCAUCAUACAAUAAUUCAGAAUUCUCAGUAGAAAUAUUAAUGAUUUUUAUUGUUUGGUUCAAAUGAAUUUCAAAAAUAACAUCACAUACCUACUUACUCUGAAAAUCAGAAUUUUAUGAAUUUGUCAAAAUAGUUUUAUUAUUGAAAUGCUUUCUAAAAUCAUUGUUUAUGUCAUUUAUACAGUUCUAUAAUACUUGUUUUCCAUUUAAGGGAAUAUUUGAUAUCUAAUUGACUUCAAAAAGGAUAUUCCUGAUGUCAUUUAUUUUUUAGUAUUUUAUGAAAAUGAUACUUUUCACAUACUUGAUAAUGAUGUUUAGUUGAAGUUAUGCAUCAAGUACACUUUUCUGUCGCAUGCUUCUGUUUGUCUACAUUAGUUAAAACUACAAUUUUCACUCAAGUUUAUUCCUAAUUUCCCCCCCAAUUGCAUUGCUAGCAGUAGAUAUUGCUCAUUUAGGUAGCAUUCAAACUAGUUCCUAUUUCCAGCCGUCCCUAUCUUAUAUUAAUUAGUCAAUAUCAUUUCCACGGGAAAUGCCAGUUUUUCAAAGCAGAAUUGCUGUACAUUCUUCCAUUCUCUUUCUAUAUUUUGUGACAGAUUUUAGAUAUAAUCAAAAAUACAGUCUCUAGUACAUACAGUGUAAUGUGUUAAUACGGUUUUGAUAUUCAAUGAUGUAAUUAUAAAGAAAGAUUACACAUGGUCAAUAAUAAAUUAGACAUUGAAGUAAGUUAAGUUGUUAAUUGGUAUUGUAUACAUACCAUUGUAUUUUGAAUGAGGGAUUUCAAGUAAAUGCUGUAAUUAUCUAAAACAAUUGUCUUUACACAAAAUAUAAAAACAUUAAUUUUGUAUGGUACAGUUUCAUCUUUAAAGGUGCUAUUUGCAUUGUGUCUACAAUCUUUCCUAGCACAUGUAUGCAUAAUACGAAAAGCUUUCUUGUGUUAGUUAGAUUAGAGAUUAGAGACCCUGUGUAUCAUCCUUAAUUUCUCAUUUGUUUCAAGCUUAAUUUUUGUAUUAUAAUUAAAUGUUGGGUGUUUUAUCACGUAACAUAAUAUAUAGAUAAAUAAAGGUAUAUUUCUCGCAAACUGCACAGGGUGAUCACGUGGUUGCUAGGGAUGGGAUAGGUCAAUCUCACAUGAUGUAUGGAAUGACAGUGUUUCCGUGUCGCAAAUUGAUAACGCCAUCAAUUUUGACACACAUUUUCAUGAUGGCACAAUGGAAAAGGUUCACAACACCUUACACUUUGUUACUUUUUAAUUACAGUAUAUCUGUGAGAAAAAUAAUCAAACAUUGGUCUAUACCGUGGACAGCGAUAUUCCGACCCUCGUGUCAGAGUUUGGCUGGCCAGCAUGAGGCUUAUCCCGGUCCACGGAACAGGCCCAUGUAAGAUUCUAUUAUCUACAUCUCUAUCAUUAAUAUUAUUUAUUUCUCCUUUUCCGAAGUGUUCAAGCUUACACUGUUGUAAUAAAGAUUAUAUUCAACGUGUAUCAACAUUAAUUUCUCAAUUUUCAAUGUUCAAUUUGCAACAGCUUUACGUUUGGUAAUUAAAAUUCACUAGCAGCUUAUGUCUGAAGAUCGUUAAGAAAAAUUAGGUUGUUGAAACCUACAAUGUUUAUUCACCGUAUAUAUAAAUAAUUUAUGAUUUUCAUGUUGGCGACUUUAGUUCUCCUGUUGUAUCGUUUAUGAUAUAUAUUUGAUUGACAGAACAUGUAUUUGUUUGACCCUUGUCCCUAUUGUUUAGAGCUAUUUAUAGACAAUCAAGUGCAGAAAUUGGAGUCCCCAAGGUUUGUUAUUAUCUUACAUGCUAUUAUGCAUAAGCACCAUGUCGGAAAUACACUCAUAUUUUCUCUUUUGAAUUACAUUAAAAAUACCAAAUUGGUUGACCUAUAGGAUCAACUGUACGUCCCUUUCUCCGUUUUACCAAAUGUUUUAAGCAGUGCUUGAUUUUCUAAACUUUCUAUAUGGAGAACCCUUUUUUUCUAUGGAAGCGAUGAAGGGACAGUUUUAGUUAAGACUUAUUUGUUGUCUCUUAUUUGUUAUAACUUAUGUGUUAUUUGAUAAUUAUGACAAAACAUUGAAAGGCUGUCCAGUAUAAUGGACUGUUUCAGCUGUAAUACGUUAGUCUUGAUAAUACUCAUUAGCAAAUGAGUAGUAACUAAAAAUGUCCCUUCAUGGCUUCCAUAUUUUUCACUAGUAAUAAGCCCAACAAGGAAUGAAUAGUUUAAUGAUGCAGUUGUAUGUAUUAUUUGACAUAAACCUAUUUCUAAAGUCAUGUUUGAAAGCGCUAUUACUAGUAAUCCGUUUGCCUUUUGCAUGAAAAUAAAUAAAUGAAUAAACAAGCAAAGCAAAGCCAAAUAAUCAAACCAUAUUAACAGUCAAUGACAAGUGCAAGUUUAUUAACAAAAAGGCAAAUCUUCUGCUUUAUGAAAAGGAUGUGAAUUGUUGAUGUUGCUCUUUAUAUUACCAACUAUCGAUUGAUUCUAACAGAAUUUAUGAAAAUACAAAAAAAAAAAAAUAUUCUUACACGAUCAUUUUUGCGUCAUGCCAUUUAUAUACAUUACAUUGCUCCUUUUUUUAACAAAAUCGAGAUUGAAUUUAAACAUACUGCUGGAAAUAUUUAAGAACAGUUUAUUUUAUUGCUGCUACUUUAUAAUUAAGUAUAAUAAAUUUAUUAGUACUAUUUGUCAAAACGUGUUAAUCUCAUCGCUUCAAAUUACAAUGUUUUUGUAUAAUGUAUUAGCUUUUUAAGAAGACUUCUGAGUUUGAUCAAUUUAAUUUCUAUUAAUAAUCUCUCAUAUUUCACCUGUGUUUGUUAGGUUACAAAGGGUAAGGAGAGAUAUGAUUUUAAUUAUAUUGAUAUAACUGAUUAUUUGUGCACAUUUAUGAUGUUUAUCGUACAUUUUUGUAGUUAUAGUAAAAUCAUUAGUUUAUUCAAAUGUAAUCAUAGACUUAUUGAUGUAAACAUUUAUAUUUUGGCGCAUUCAAACUUUAGUGCAUCAAGGAAUUGGCUUAUCUACAGUAUAAAUGUAGAAACAAUAUACAUACAGUGCAAUUAGUACUAUCAUAAUACUAGUGCAAUGCUUUAAUGUAAGAUCACCCCUAAAAUAUGUACGUUUACAAUUAUAUAGGUGUCCGAUGUAAGCUUUUGUUUUAUUUUAUAUCUAUAUUGUUCAUGUGUCCUGUGAUACAUAGAGUCGUAAUAUACCUCACAGACUUAGUCCGUGAUCAUAUAGUGUCUUAUUAUAUGUCCCUGUUUAGAUGGACAGCGGUUGUGGGAUCAAUUUUUUUAAGAUUUAUCGAGUAUGUAUUUUCUUAUAUGUUUAUAUCGCAGAUUAGUUGACACUGGUCCCUGUGGAUCAAUCUGAUUGACAAAUGUACAGAAUGGUGCGUAUGUCACAAUUAUAGUUUGUGUUGUAUAAGUUCAAGUUUAGCAGGCUUUAAAACACUUAUUUUUGUCAGCAUAUUCGUCCAGGAAAAUAGUAACGAAAAAGGAACAUUGUGCAUGAUCUGUUUUAUUAUUUCCUUUUUGCGUUUAUAUAAAAUGUAACUAGCAGUUUACCUAAAAUUUCAAAAUGCUACGACACUAAUAUGCCUAUUUCUUUUUUCUUUUUCGUAAUUUCAAUUGAGAAAUUCAUUUGCGAUACACUUUUUUUUCAUUUGCGAUACACUUGCACGCGCUUCUGUACACCCACAACUGUAUCAUAGUGACGUAAAUGGCUCACCGUAGGUUACAGGUAUUGGGGAACUGCUACGUUUUCUAUUUCCUAACUAUGCAAUUUGCUUCAGUUACCAUAUUUUGAGAGUUUGUAUGUUAUUGCAUGAUGAAUUCAAACAUGAUUGUUUUUCGUUAUUAAAGAAACGAUCGUAAUGUCUAGUUUGAUUUAUAUACAUUGCAUAUAAAGAUGUUGCCCGCAAACAUUACACAUAAUUAGUCUGGGGUUGUACAAUGCAUGUGUAGAUAUGUAAAUCCGCUCAUAAUCAUAUUAUGUUUCAGAUAUUGACAUGUGCACACAACGGUGACAUCUCCACGCGUCCCAUAAAUAUGAUAGGAAAAUGUCUUUAAAAAAAUCUAUUUCACGAUCGUUAAAUUUCUUCUCGUCAAUUAAUUUUACCAAUGAUUUCAGUUCCUCGGUUAAUUAACGAUUGUUAACCUAACAUUUCUAUCCCAGAAUAACGAUGAACAAAAUCAAAUUUACCAUUAAAUCAAUUGCCAUCAUCACUUUGUGAUGUAGAAAUAAGCUGUACGUAUUUUGAUCACGUGACCACUGUAUUGUUACAUCGUGAAUCAUAUAAUUGAUUAAUAGAUUUUACAAGCCCUCCAAUGUCUAUGGUCAUGUAGAGCAUAAAAAGAUAUAUCACACUGGAACUUAAAAUUCUGUAUUAAUAUACAUGUACAUUUAGUAAUAAAACUGGAAACGAUUUGGAAGUUUGUAAUACUAAUAUUUUAAAAUAACCCAUUGAUAGGUAAAAACUAAGUAUGAUUACAUUUAAAAUAAAACAAAUGCCAUUAAGACAUAUAGCACAAGUAUGACGCUGUCCUAACAACGUACUACGAAAUCAAAUGUUAAUAUUUAAGCAUCAAACUGCCUUCUUUGGAACGCCAUUGUCCUAUAAUUCUCACAAGGAUUGGAGACCAAUUGAAUAACGCGCAUUUGUCUAUAAUCGUGUGAAAAAUAUAUAGGACAAUAGCUUAUUCUUGUGACGUCAAGAAAACACGCGACCGGUCCCGGCAAAAAAUAAAGUUCGUGGAAAAAAAACAAAAAAAACCCAUCAAUUUCAUUUAACUUUCUAUGCAACAUACAAUGUAUCUACACAAAUGUGUGUGAGUUAGUGUUCAAUCGAGAUUUUCAAUCCGGUAGCACGCAUUUUCGUGACGUCAAAAAUACACUUAAUAUAGUGAUCUGAGGCAGCGACGUCAUUUAGACACGACGUUAGAGCAUUGUUCUUCAUGUUGCUACAUCAAUGGGAAUCAUAUAAUAUAUAUAUAUCAUGAUCUGAUCACUUUCUAAUUUGCUUAAUGAAGUUAUAUAAUGACAAAGCAGAGCAAAUUGAAAAAUAUGAAAUUAAAGUGGAUUUUUCUCUAAAGUGUUAAUGCUUUUAAACCACUUGAUUUGUGAAACCUUAUUUCAAAUGUACAAAUUAAGCAAUUAUCCUUGAAUACUUGUUGAUAACGUUUGCAUCUUGACGAUUCAAAAUGAGACUACCAUAUUGGAGAACUAUUAAAUAGAUGCCUGUUGAAUCUACCUGAAAUUUCUAAAACGCAGUAGAAUGGCAAUAUCUGCAGAGUUCGGAAUCGGGCGACAUUUUAUCAGUGGCAUAUACUUAUUAUAGGUUGCUACCAUUAGGUGGUUGGACAUGUGUAGAAUAGUAUAGUCUUUACUCCUGCUGGACAGGACACAUAUGUAUACAUCCAUAUAUGUUAGCGGUUUGACAUUUCUCUGUUAGAUACUGUGUUAGUUAGUUUUUGUUCACUGUUCCUAAUGAAUACAUGAUUAGAUAAUGUGAAAUAUUUUUCAGCUCCCUAUCAAGAUUUUGGCAUUUCUUUAAAUAUAUUUCGAGUUUUAUUUUAAGUCGCCUCCUCUCGCCAACACUUAGACAUGUAACAUCAAUUAUGAGUCUUAGAAUGACUAAACAACUGUAUGAUGUCCCUAGCAUCAUGGACGAGUCCCAGAAGUACUACACAACUGUAUGAUGUCCCUAUCAUCACUAACGUGUCCCAGAAGUACUAAACAACUGUAUAGUGCCCCUAACAUCACUAACGAGUCCCAGAAGUACUAAACAACUGUAUAAUGUCCCUAACAUCACUAACGUGUCCCAGAAGUACUAAACAACUGUAUAGUGCCCCUAACAUCACUGACGAGUCCCAAAAGUACUACACAACUGUGUAGUGCCCCUAACAUCACUGACGAGUCCCAAAAGUACUACACAACUGUAUGAUGCCCCUAACAUCACUAACGAGUCCCAGAAGUACUAAACAACUGUAUAGUGUCCUUAACAUCACUGACGAGUCCCAGAAGUACUAAACAACUGUAUAGUGCCCCUAACAUCACUGACGAGUCCCAAAAGUACUACACAACUGUGUAGUGCCCCUAACAUCACUAAUGAGUCCCAGAAGUACUAAACAACUGUAUAGUGUCCCUAACACCACGGACGAGUCACAGAAGGACAAAACAGCUGUAUGGUGAAGUUGCAGUCAUUUUAGCUCUACUGUGUCUAGCUCCCAGUUUAGUUUGAAUAUGCUACUAUCUUGUGUUUCCUAUUCACAAUUGUUUUUGUCAGCCAAAAUCAGCUCGUUUACAGAAUUAUUGGACAAGUAUCAUGGCAAGGACUAGAUUGGACAUAGGUUUCACUAUAAGUGAACGGCUGAGUGCAUAUAAGCUGGUUGUAUGACAUCAUUACUGUGUCCUUGACUGUCGCUUGUCGCGGCAAAACUUCCUCAUGUACACAUCGUAUCUUCGGAAGAUUCCGUUCCUACAAUUUCCAUUACACAAGUUUCUUCAUCAUCAGUCCUUAUAUUUUGGGUUUCCUGUUAAACCGAAAAAAUACAAGUUUCAGUACAUCAUUUUUAACAUGCAUGCAAACAUGGCCGAUUUUAGAUGUUUAUUUAGGCAAAAAAUUAGAAAGAUGUAUUGUAUCACUCAAAAACCAAACUUUUAAAAAGACAAAUAUGAAUGAAUAAUAAAAUGAAACAAUAUAUUUAUAAUUUAACGUACAUGUAGUUUAUUCAAUGAUAUUUGGUUCUGUGUUUUGUCUGUUAAAAACUGUGUAGUGUGGUAUAUUUUAGAUGAAUUUGUGUUGGAUUUUAUAAUUGUAAGUUUGCAUUCAUGUAUCAAAUUUGUUUAUUAAUAUAGGAGUUGCUCCGUCUUUCCAUAUAUGAGCGGAUGGAUACUUUGCACGAUUUGAAUAAUAUGACCUCCAUUAUCACCUCACCACUUUUUCUCUUUCCUUUUUGUUUAUAUCUAGCUCCUCUAAGAGUUGACAUAAGCACCUCUCUAAUACCAUCAUCGGAUGCCUUGGACUGUAUGUUUCUUGGAUGCACAAGUAGUUUUCAUGAUAUCUCCACAUUAUAAUGGCUUCGAAUAGCGAUUCGCACCUUCUCUAAAAGCAAAGCAAAUGAUUGGCAUUGAUAAUUAAUAUCGGAUAUCGUUUAGGAUUUAAAACAUGUUUACGUCGAUAAUUAGAGUCAAAUACCAGAGAUUUUGACAAUAUUCUAAUAUUCUUAUUAUCCUCACAGUCAAUAUUGUGAUUACUACAUGACAGCUAGGACGGGGAAACAAAACGGAAGGACAAUGAAACAUGCUUUUGUGGCCACGACAGGACAAUUUUUUCCGUCGCCCAUUCAUAUGUCAACUUUUCCUAAAAACGCUUGCCCUGAGGGACAGUGCUUGAUAAUGGAAAUAUAGCAAAUGUUUUAAAAUCCCUCUUAUAACGCGUCUGAUAACAACAUAAACACGUUUCUUACCAACUAUUCUGAUUGUAGUCUAAUUGUUUUUUUCUUUUUAUUUUGCUUUGCUAUAAUACAAACUCAAAAUUUUGUAGGUAUCCAUUACUGAACAUGACAGUUUAUCUGUACGUCUGCGUGUGCUUGGCGCAAGGUUAUGUAUAAUCUGUUUCUUUUUCAUUUGUGAUUACGAUUAUACAGCUAUUGUGCAUAUUUGUUACAUUUAUAUUUUCAUGACAAUAAAUGUUAUUAUGAAUAAAA